AUGCUAUGGCAGGACGACGACGAGGAGAAGCUUUUCCUUUUUGUCCAGAAUCAGAAGGUCAUGGGUGCGCAGGAGCUGGCACGAGUGGAGAUUUCCUCUACAGCCGUGAAGAAGCUGUUGAAGCUGGGCUCAAGACCGGUUUCCUUUGCAAUCAUGGUUAUGAUGGUGGAUGCGGUCGAAAGCGGAGACAGUGAGGUGACUGCGCUUGUGCAGCAACUCAGCAGCUCCAAACCACGCGACCGGUGGAAGGCCGCGGCCGCUUUAGGAAGGAUGGGAAAGCAGGUUUCCGAUGUCGCUUCGCCGGAGUUGCUGCGAUGUCUCGACGAUGACGACCAAGACGUCCGCUGUGCUGCGGCACGAGCCGUCGGGCAUGUGUGCGAUGGCUCUGCAGUGGACCUCCUGACAACGCUCCUCGAGGACGAGGACGGCGGCGUUCGUUGGGGUGCGGCAGAGGCUUUGGGCAACAUUGGUGCAGCAUCGGCGUCUGCCAUGGAGGCCCUGAUCCUAAUUACAGACGACGAGGAAGAAGACGCCCGGCAGGCAGCUGUGCAGACCCUGGGGAAGCUGGCCAAGUUGAACGUCAUCCGCCGAGCAGAGCUGGUGGAGCCUUUGUGCCAGGCAUUGUCCGAUGACGAGUGGAGUGUCCGCAGGGCAGCUGCGGAGGCUCUAGGAAGGUGUGGGGAUGAAGCUUCCGGAGUGAGGCUGCUCCUCCAGCGAGACAGUGAAAAGCUGAAAGGUCCUCAACAAGUUCUCCAGUGGGAUUCCAACUACUUCCCCACGAGCUUCCCGCUCAUCCCGAGAGGGCAGAUCUGGAUCACUGCU